CAAUGGGCAUGUGUACAUCACAACAAUAAAAGAAACCUAAGCCUCUUAUUAAAUUAAUCAAAAUCAAAAUGGAUGAUUGUCAUUAAUCAAAAGACAUCCAAGAAGCCAUUCAAAUAUGGAAUAAAAUUGAUGGGGUCAUUACAAAAAUGAAAUCUACAUCUAAAAUCUCUAAUAAUUUACAAGAAGAUGCAAAUAAAAUAAAUAAAUUACUUAAAUCUCAUCAUAAUUCUAAGUUUCUUGAGACUUUCUUUUCAUAUUAUGAUCAAUUCCAAUUAAAGAUAAAUGAUCAAAUCAUUUAACAUUAAGAAUUAUGGAUUCAAUAUGAAAGUAUCUUCAGCAACUUAGACUCGCUUAAUAGUAAAUUCACUAAGUUGGGAUAUGCAUCUCGUAAUGGAUGCACAUAAUCCUUUACUAAAUAUAAUUGA